UUUCAACUCGCUAAUUCGAAAAUGAAAAUUUCAAAAGGAUUUUCAUUUUCAUUUCCAAACUUCACUCAUUUAUGGGGUUCUUUAAGGCUGAGUUAACCCAGAAAAAACCCCCCAAAAUAUUCUGUACCCUGAAACGAAAACCCUAAUUCACUUUCAUGUUGUUUUUUCCCCUAAAAUUCAAUGUCGGGAUCUAAUAGUUUCGCAAAAACAAUUUGUUCAAUUUGUUAUGAAGAUCUAAAACCAAUUGUUGAAGACCUUCAAGCAAUUUCGAUUUGCGGUCAUGUCUUUCAUGAACUCUGUUUACAACAAUGGUUUGAGUAUUGUACGAAUACGAAGAAGCAGACUUGUCCGGUAUGUAAGCAAGGUUGUACAAAAAAGAGUGUAACUCGACUUUACUUUCAAUCAAUUGGCGAUUCAAUUCUUUCCCAAUCGCAAAAUGAAUGUUUGAAGCGUAAUAAUAACAAUCAAGAUGCCGAAAAUGCUGAGUUAUUGCGAAUUGAAGUCAAGAGAUUGGAAGCCAAAGUCUUGGUAUUAAGUUCUGCUGUUGAUUUCCAUCAGGAAGAUCUAAAUCAAGUAAAAGAAGAGCUUCAAAUUUGUAAAGAAAAUUUAUCCAAAGAAGUAGCAUUGAAGACCGAGGCUUUGAGGCAUAAGGAAUGCAUUCAAUCACUCCUUCAAGCAAAGUCUAGUGAUCUGAUUAAAUCGAAUUUGGAAUGCUCAAAGUUGCAAGAGAGGAAUAUGGCGUUAGUGAAAGAGAUUGCUGCCUUAAAAUUGGUAUCUGAUUGUAAUCUUGAGGAGGAAGAGAUUGUGAAGCUUGCUACGGUGGGUAAUGAAAACAAUAACCAAGACGCAAUUGAUGUACUCAAGAAGUCUUUGGUAAUUCGUAACAAGACCUACAAAGAAUUGAUGGCCAAAUGCAAUACUUUGGGGAGGGGAGAAGCUCGUUCACUGAGAAAGCUUGAAAAAGCACAGGAAAAGAUAUUAAAGCUCAAGACCAGAGUUCAGGAGCUAGAGACAACCAUCGAAGCAAAAGACAAUGAACAGUUAAGAUCUUUAAAAGCGCCCAUGAGAAAUCUUGAUAAUGUCACUUUGCCAACCAUGAAUAAAAUGUCAGGCACUUCAACUAGCCUCAACCAGUCACCUUUUGAACAGAAGGGUCAAUCUCCAACAUCAGUGAUUGAUUUGGAUGAAGAGGAAGGCGAUGAUUUUUACGUUAACAAAGAAACCAAUAAAAGUAAGGCCACUUUUACUCUCAAAAGUGACGGAAUACACCAACAUAAGAAAGUGAGAGAUGAUGACUCUUUAGGUUGUGAUGAUGCUGAACAAAAGUUGAACACCAUGGAUACUCAUUCACAGGGUGAUAACUGGAAGGGUCGAUUCUAUCAGAAAUGUAAAUCAUUCGGAACUGUUGAUUCUGACAAUAAGGAGGAUCAAAUUCAGCAAUCAAAGUCAAACCACCCACACGGAUUGCCAGAUUUUGCUGGUCUUCGAAACAAAGUGUUCAAUGAUCCUGCUACAAAUGAAGCUUCGGGUUUGGGCCUUCAGGACGUUACACAAGUUCAGCCUUCAUUUAAACCUAAUGCAGAAACUUCUUUCAUUCACCUAGCUGAGCCAGGAAAUCGGUGCUUUACAGGAGGACUGCUUGGACCAGAUGGAGCAAACCGGUACCUGGGGAAAUGGUGCAAGCGGGCACAGAACAAAGGUCCAUCUGGAUCAAGCAAUAAUACCGAUUCUUUAAUUUCCGUGGGAGCAGAUGGGAGAGGCGGCACAGUUAAAGUUCUGAGAUCACUCGGUCAGUCUACUAUGGAUGUGCACGACAGUGUCGUUUCAGCAAAAAGAUUCAGAUCUGGUUCCCAUUCAAGUGGCUUGCGUUCUCAUGGGUGUAGACAAAUAGAUCAUUUCUUCAAAAAGACAAAUACUUAAGUCUUAAGGCUACAUUGUACAUUACAUUUUAUUAAGCUCUUGUUGUAACCAAAUUUUCAGGUGUGAUUUUUACAUGUCAGACACCCUAAAUGGUGGUAGAUAUAAGUGGGAGUGUUGGUGCAGGUUGAAAGCAGACUGGCAUAGUGUAUAAGUAUGUGCAAGGCGGGUUGUCGGUCGUGCAGAUUGCGAGUCAAAUAUUUCAAAAACGAGUCGUAGGGGAUCAUAGAUACUUUUAUCCAUGUCUUGAGAAUUGACAACAAAUUUAAUUACCUUGUUGAUUCAGGCCACAUCAUUUCAUUAAGAAAUUUGGUGUCAAGUAAUUAUAUGGGGAUCAAGUUUGGACUGAAAAUGAGUGAGUUGUGAGAAAGAGGAAGAUUGGUCAAGGACAUGAAGGUUAUAACUAUAUUGAUACUAGAAUGUUGACAAAAGGGCUAUAGUGUUAGUACUAUAGAUUUUUUUUUCAUUAGGUGAUUGUUUUCUAACGAAGCUUUUUGGAUUGUGAUAUUAAAUGGUGGUAAUGGGAAUAAUUUAUAGUGUAAAAUUUUAUUAAAAGUUUUUUAUUAUUCCUAUGGUAAUGAAAUUUUGAUCACAAAUUUUUUUUUUUUCUUACAAAAUUCCAUUACCACCUAAUGCCACAUCUCCCAAUGAUAAUGUAUUGGAAUGAGUUUUAUGAAGAAAAUGAGAUGAUUGAAGUUGGACAAGCAUAACCAUUAACGUAACCAA